AUGAUUGGGAUAGGAGAAGGAAGAAAAGUUCAAAACUGUGGCGGUAGAGGAAAAGGCCAAGGUGCAGGAGGAGGUGGUGUUGGUGUAGGAGGAAAUUUAGGAGGAGGUGUUGGCGCUGGAGGAGGUACUGGAGGAAGUUUGGGAGGAGGUGUUAGUGGUGGAGGUGGUGCUGGUGGAGGAGCUGGUGCUGGUGCAGGAGGAAGUGCAAAAGGAGGUGUUGGCGGAGGCGUCGGUGCCGGAGGAAGUUCUGGUGUGGGAGGAGGUGCAACAGGGGGUGUUGGUGCCGGAGGAGGUGCAACAGGAGGUGUUGGUGGAAGUGUUGGUGCUGGAGGAGGUGCAACAGGAGGUAUUGGUGGAGGUGCUGGUGCAGGAGGAAGUGCUGGUGUGGGAGGAGGUGUAACAGGAGGUGUUGGUGCCGGAGGAGGUGCAACAGGAGGUGUUGGUGGAGGUGCUGGUGCGGGAGGAAGUGCUGGUGUGGGAGGAGGUGCAACAGGAGGUGUUGGUGCCGGAGGAGGUGCAAUAGGAGGUGUUGGUGGAACUGUUGGUGGAGGUGCUGAUGCGGGAGGAGGUGCAAUAGGAGGGGUUAGUGGAAGUGCAGGAGGAAGAGUCGGUGCUGGAGGAGGAGCUGUAGGAGGUGUUGGAGGAGGUGCUGGUGCAGGAGGAAGAGUCGGUGCUGGAGGAGGUAUUGGAGGAAGUGCUGGUACGGGAGGAGGUGCUGCAGGAGGUGUUGGUGGAGGUGCAACAGGAGGUGUUGGUGGAAGUGUAGGAGGAGGAUUCAAUCCUGGAGGAGGUGUUGGUGCGAUAGGAGGUGUUGGUGCGGGAGGUGUUGGUGUUGGUGGAGGUGCAGGAGGAGUUGUUGGUGGAGGUGCUGGUGCAGGAGGAAGAGUCGGUGCUGGAGGAGGUGUUGGUGCGGGAGGAGGUGCAGCAGGAGGUGUUGGUGGAAGUGCUGGAGGAGGCAUCGGAGGAGGUGCUGGUGCUGGAGGAGGUGUCGGUGGAAAUGCAGGAGGAGGAGUCGGUGUUGGAGGAGGAGUCGGUGCUGGUGCAGGAGGAGGUGUUGGUGGAAAUGCAGGAGGUGGAGUCGGUGCUGGAGGAGGUGUUGGAGGGGGUGUUGGUGCGGGAGGAGGUGCAGCAGGAGGUGUUGGUGGAAGUGCAGGAGGAGGUUUCAGUGGAAAUGUAGGAGGAGGAAUCGGUGCUGGAGGAGGUGUUGGAGGAAAUGCUGGUGCAAUAGGAGGUGCAACAGGAAGUGGCGGCGGAGGAGGAGGUGUUGGUGCGAGAGGAGGUGCAACAGGAGGUGCUGGUGUUGGAGGAGGUGCAUCAGGAGGUAUUGGCAUUGGAGGAGGUGCAAUAGGAGGUGUUGGUGGAAGUGCAGGAGGAGGAGUCGGUGCUGUAGGAGGUAUUGGAGGAGGUGCUAGUGCGGGAGGAGCUGCAACAGGAGGUAUUGGUGGAAGUACUAAUGCAGGAGGAGCUGCAGCAGGAGGUGUUGGUGGAAAUGUUGGAGGAGGAGUCGGUGUUGGAGGAGGUUCUAAUGCGAGAGGAACUACAACAAGAGGUGUCAAUGAAAAUUUAAGAGGAACAAAAAGAAGUGACCGCCAAAUCUAAAAUUAGUAUAAGUGGAAGCAUUGAGCUUUAAUCGACACUAGAGAAAAUAGUAAUAGAAUUAAUGAAUAAUAAAAUCGUGGUCUUAUAAUUAAUAAAAUAAAAGUGAGUACAAUAAUGUUGUAGUACAAAUAUUAGAGCUAGGGUGAUGAUAUAUCUUUAAUAUUAUAGUUGAACUCUACAUAUUGUUAUAAAAUAAUUUUAUUACAGCGGUGUGCCAUAUGAUAUUGUGAUGGAAACAUUGUGAUAAAAUCAAUUACACUUGAUAUAAAAAUAUCAAUAACUA